AUGCUUACUACAUUGGCAAAUAUAAAACACAUCCUUCAGAAAGAGCUUUUCAACAGCAGCGAUGAACGUGUGUUAUCUGUGGUGACUGUGACAAAGACAUACAAAAAGAAAAGGGCUUGUUAUUUAUGUAUUAUUACCACGCCACCUCCUGUGCCGGUGGUGACGGUGAGUGUUGUGAAGCAGUCGGAACAACGAGAAGGCGAGUAUAAGAAAAAACGUACCUGGCAACUGGAAGAGAUUAAGUGGGUGGAUGGACGUAAUGAGCAGUUCGAAACCCAUGAAUUUGAUAUACAAGUUGAAAAAACAUAUAAAUGGUAUGCCUUAAAUUUACAUGAACGACAAAAUUUCCUAGCCGUGCUGUACAAGCAAAUACAUAAGUAUGUGAGGGGACAGCGAGCGGAAUUUCGUAAUAUACCAGCCGCAUGGCUAAAUGAAAAAUCUCCCGAAAAAUUGGCUGCUGCGCGUAGUGCUGAACAAAAAAAUAUUCAAGACUCAGAUGAUGAAGAGGAAGCACAAGAGUUUACAGCGCUUACUGAUAAAGAAGCCAGUGAAUUGGGAAAAUUGUUUUCUGAAUGUGAUUUCGCUGUAAAGGACGCAGAACAACUAAUUGAAAAAUUGUCCAAGGAACUACAUGAUCUAGAUGGGGCAAAUAUACAAAGCGUAUUGGCGUCUGAAAAACAGGUGCUAUCUUUAAUGGAGCACAUUGAUAAGGCCAUAGCAGAGGCAGACGGCUUUGAGCGGCGUUUGGAUUCAUACGAGGAAAUUUUGGGACAUGUUAAGGAGACUAUGGAAAAGAUUGGCGGUAAAAAUGCAAUGAUAGAAAUCGCGAACAAUAAUAAUAUCAAAUUGAUGAAGGAGCUCAAUAAAGUUAUUUCUCAAUUGGAUCUACCUCAUCUACAUCAACAGGCGUUGGAUGAACCGGAUUUGAAAACGGUUAUUGGAAGAAAGGCCGCUAUUGCUGCCGCACAAAGUUUACAACAGGCAAUGAAUAGCGACAUCGAUCCAACACUGCUUCGUUUAGAGGCAGUGCAAGAUCAGCGAAAACGGUUUGAAAAGUGGAAAGCAAAGUUCUCUGGCAUUGUGAGUCGCUUUAUGAACAACUUGUUCAUACAUCUCGGUAAUGAGAUGGGCGAUAAUAUGACAACGAGUACAGAGCUCGUAUUGCCCAAUCAUUUAUCAGUACAUCGUGAACUAACACCUUACACAGAGCUUAUGCAUUGGACAAAGGCAAUGGAUCGCAAGACUUAUGAUGGUCUAACACGUGUAUACACAACUUCGUUGAGCAAGAUUUAUGAACGUGAUAUUAAAAACUUUUUUGCCCUGGCAAAGACGCAAAUAUCAGAAAAGUUACGUACAUCGCGUGAAGACUUGGACACCUCCACAUCAUCGAAAAAAGCCGCACUAUCAGCGGCACCCUACGGUACCUUGGGUGUUAUUCGCGACCAAUGGGGUACCGGCGUUGAAAGCGCAGAUCGUGAGCGUUUCGAUUCUGUACUUGAGAAAGUGCUGGCAGAAUUGGAGCCUGUAGCACUACAAGAGCAGAUGUUUUGUAUAAACUUUUUCCAAAUGGAUGUUAUUAGUCCAACAUCGAAGAAUACUCAAACUACUCUGGAGGUAUUAGAAAAAAGCACUGAUUCUGUUAGCGUUCUAGCUUCACCAACGUCGGUUGGAGGCGGAGGCGACGGAAGUAGUUUUCCACAGAAGAAAAUUGAUCGUCAAAUUAACGAAGAUGUGCGUAAAUUGAUGAUUGCAUUAUUUGGUUGCUUGGAGCCAGAACUAGUUAGCUUUAUACAAAGCUUUGAACGCAUUGAUAGCUUCUAUUCACUCUAUGUGCUCGUUCGCCUAACGCAGCAUGUCAUGUCCGCACAGGAUACACAUUCCUUCCUUAGUAUGACCUUCGCCUCGGCUCUGGUUCAAGUAAAACGUAAUUUUGAUCGCUUUAUGCAACAACAAUUGCAGUCAAUUAAAGAUGCCAAAGUGCCUAAACGUUCUAAAUGCGGUAUCCUGCCGUAUGUAGAGAACUUUGAGUAUUUUGCUCAAACAUCCGAAGGCAUUUUCCGUAAAUCCGAUCGUCGCACAGAUAUGGAGAAAUGGUAUUUCCAAUUGGUGAAUGCUAUAUUUGAGAGUAUCAGCGUACAUGCACAAGAACAUCCAAAAACGCCAUCACAAGUAGUGCGUAUGGAAAACUACCACCACAUGUAUUCGCUAUUGGCGCAACUAAAGGUACCAGGAUUGGAGGCAAUGAAAAAGGAGGCUAAAAUGCGUUAUAAUGAGGCGCUGAAAGUAUAUGUCAUACAAUAUUUUGGACGUCCGUUAGAGAAAUUAAAUCUUUUCUUCGAAGGCGUACAACAAAAGGUUGCGCAGGGUGUUAAAGAGACUGAGAUCAGCUACCAAAUGGCUUUCUCAAAGCAGGAAUUACGUAAAGUUAUUAGUCAAUAUCCCGCACGUGAGGUGAAAAAGGGUCUAGAAAAUCUCUACAAAAAAGUGGAGAAACAUCUAUGCGAAGAAGAGAAUCUACUACAAGUGGUUUGGCAUGCCAUGCAAGAAGAGUUUAUUGCACAGUAUAAUUUUUUGGAGGAGCGCAUACAAAAAUGCUAUGCGGGUGCUAUGAUUACUUUAGAAUUCAACAUACAAGAUAUUUUGAAUUUCUUCUCGGAUAUAGCGCGUUCGCAUUGAAAAGUAUUUUUCGAAAAUCAUUAAUGUUUUGUUAGUGUUGUGUAUUAAUUUUUUUUUUUACAUAUGUAAAGCUUAGCUUCUUUCCACAAUAUAUACACCAAUAUAUAUAUAUAUAUAUAUAGACAUAUAUGUAGCUAUCGAAUUCUGUGUAUGUUUUAAAGACAUUAAGAACAAUUAUUAAUUUUAAGUGUAAUAGAGCAUACAAUAAAUAACACACGAUAUUGAAAUCUACAGUCUA